GAAUUUUAAUUGUGACCACAGAACUCUGUGAAUUGACAAAAAAACCCUGAACUCCCUAAUUGCAUUAGAAAAACUAAGAGUACAGAAUUUUACUCAUCAAACAAGAAGUGGAAUUCACUUGACGUGGUUUGAUCCUAUUUUUGAUUUAGGGUUUCCAUUUCAGAUUCUUGAAGCUGGUUGAUGGGCUGGUGAGGUCACCAAAAGGGCAGUAUGAUAUUGUAGUAUAUUUCUCAACUGAAUGAGGGUUUUAGAAGUUGGUUUUAGAUUUUUUAAUGAUGUUUUGUUUUGAUUUAGGGUUUAAUUAAGAUGAAGCCUGUUUGUCCAUUUGUGAAAGCGUCACGCCCUGAUGAUGCUUCUUCAAGAAAAGGGGGUGAGAAUUCGACUAAACCACCGGCAGAAUGUCCUUUUGCGAAGACAUUUCGUGGUGAUGAUAGCUCCUCAAAGAAACUGGCUGAGGAAUUGGAUAAACAUCAAGCAGAAAAUGAGGCUAACAAGGCAAAGAAUGAAUCCAAUACUAACCCUGCAAGCAUUUCUCCAAGGUGUCCUUUUGGAUAUGAUUCUGAAACAUUUAAGAUAGGUCCACUUAGUUGCAUGAUUUGCCAAGCGCUUCUCUUUGAUACUAGCAAAUGUGUGCCUUGUUCUCAUAAAUUUUGCAAAGUAUGCAUAUCACGCUUUAAGGACUGCCCAUUAUGUGGGGCUGAUAUUGAGAAGAUUGAACCUGACACAGAACUUCAGAAAGUUGUUGAUUGCUUCAUUGAAGGUCAUGCUAGAAUCAAGAGGUCUCAUGUUACUUCCGACAAAGAGGAAGUUGUCAGUGAAAAUAAAAAAGUGAUAUAUGAGGAUGUCUCCAUGGAUCGAGGUGCUUUCUUGGUUUCACAUGCCAUGAGGGCAUUCCGUGCCCAGAAUGUAGAAAGUGCAAAAUCAAGACUUAGUUUGUGUUCAGAAGACAUCAGAGGUCAAAUAGAAAAAAUAGGCAGUACAUCAGAGUUGUGUUCACAGCUUGGAGCAGUUCUUGGCAUGCUUGGUGAUUGCUGUCGAGCAAUGGGAGAUGCUGCAUCAGCAGUUGCUUAUUUCCAAGAGAGUGUUGACUUCCUCAUGAAAUUGCCUAUGGAUGAUACGGAGAUAACUCAUACACUUUCUGUUUCACUUAACAAAAUUGGAGAUCUGAAGUAUUAUGAUGGAGACCUGCAAUCUGCAAGAUCUUACUAUUCUCGUUCUUUGGAUGUCCGUCGUGAUGCCAUCAAACAUCAAUCAAAUGUUCCAUCCCAGACUGUGGAUGUGGCUGUUUCCCUCGCAAAAGUUGCGGAUGUCGAUAGGAGUCUUGGUAACGAGAAUGUGGCAAGCGAUGGAUUUCAGGAAGCCAUCCAAUUGCUGGAAUCUUUGACAUUGAAACCUGAAGAAGCUGCUCUCGAAAAACGGCGUCUUUCAGUUCUGGAAUUUGUCAACGGCCAACUUGGAGAAAAACAACCUGAGUCAACCACCUGAGGCUGAGUCUUCAGAAUUACAAAUUUUACAAGUGAAAAAAAAUAGGCCUUGCUGUAUAUAUUAAUAAGCUCAAUUUAGCCAAGGCAGUCUCCAGAGGAUGAAGAGAGCUGAAUGAGCUGAAUGAAGAUUUUAGGCAGUCCUUUGCACAAGUUAUAUCGGCAAUUUAGGCUAUAUAAGAGCAUUUGACUAGUGAAGUGUAAUUUUGAAGAGCACUUUAAGUUUGUAGCUGUGGAUCAAUGGCUUAUGCAGGUGCUUCUGUUCUUCUUUCAGGUAAUGGUGUGUAAUUCUUUGCUCUGAUGUGAAUAACUCAUGUUGUUGCAAUCUUUCAUAUGAUAUUAUAGUCAUUUCAGUGUGCAGUUGUAUGUAAUCAACUAAAGUAAAAGAAUGAUGUAUUGAUAUGUUUGAAAUAAAAUACAAGAAGGACAUAUUAAAUUGCUGGCGAA